AGGCGACCCGCGCGGGCCACACGCACCCAGCAUGGCGGCAGAACCCGGACUGCGAGGCCGAAGCUGCGACUCGGGGUGACGCCACGGCGGCGGGUUGCAUCAGCCCGCGUCCACGUGCUCAGCCCGCCCUUCCGCCCACGGAGCCGGGCGCCGAUUGGGCCACGUUAGGGCAGGGGCCUCCGUCUCAACCAAUGGGCGGCAGCCACAGAGAGUUCUGUCUGCAGAGCCCGGGCGCGGGUUGCCUAUAAAAAGUGACCCAGGCGGGGGCGCGCGCCCCAGGGACGCGAACGGUUGUUGCGGUGGUUACGGCGGCUGCCGCCUGCCUGGCACCUGAGAGCGCAGCAGAGCCCACAGCGCCGCCGACAUGGAGCCCGAGCCCGAGCCCGUCACGCUCCUGGUGAAGAGCCCCAACCAGCGCCACCGCGACUUGGAGCUGAGCGGCGACCGCAGCUGGAGCGUGGGCCGCCUCAAGGCCCAUCUGAGCCGCGUCUACCCCGAGCGCCCGCGUCCAGAGGACCAGAGGUUAAUUUACUCUGGGAAGCUGUUGUUGGAUCACCAGUGUCUCAGGGACUUGCUUCCAAAGCAGGAAAAACGGCAUGUUUUGCAUCUGGUGUGCAGUGUGAAGAGUGCUUCAAAAAUGACAGAAACUGGCACAAAGGUCGCUGAAUCCACAGAGCAGCCUGCUGGUCUUAAUCAGGGACAGUCUCCUGGGGAUUCCUCAAGUGACGGUUUAAGGCAAAGGGAGGUUCUUCGGAACCCUUCUCCCUCUGGAUGGGAGAACGUCUCAAGGCCUGAAGCUGGCCAGCCGGUGGCGUUCCAGGGCCUCGGGCCUGGUUUCUCAGGCUACACAACCUAUGGGUGGCUGCAGCUCUCCUGGUUCCAGCAGAUCUAUGCACGGCAGUACUACAUGCAGUAUUUAGCGGCCACUGCUGCAUCCGGGGCUUUUGUCCCCUCACCAAGUGCACAAGAGAUACCUGUGGUCUCUGCGCCUGCUCCAGCCCCUAUCCACAACCAGUUUCCAGCUGAAAACCAGCCAGCCAAUCAGAAUGCUGCUCCUCAAGUCGUGGUUAAUCCUGGGGCCAAUCAGAAUUUGCGGAUGAAUGCACAAGGUGGCCCUAUUGUGGAAGAAGAUGAUGAGAUAAAUCGAGAUUGGUUGGAUUGGACCUAUUCGGCAGCUACGUUUUCCGUCUUUCUCAGUAUCCUCUACUUCUACUCUUCCCUGAGCAGAUUCCUCAUGGUCAUGGGGGCCACUGUUGUCAUGUACCUGCAUCACGUUGGGUGGUUUCCCUUUCGACAAAGGCCAGUUCAGAACUUCCCGAAUGAUGGCCCCCUCCGUGAAGCUGUAAAUCAGGACCCCAACAAUAACCUACAGGAAGGCCCUGAUCCUGAAACUGAUGACCCUAACCACCUUCCUCCAGACAGGGACGUCCUGGAUGACGAGCAGACCAGCCCUUCAUUUAUGAGCACAGCCUGGCUCGUCUUUAAGACUUUCUUUGCCUCUCUUCUACCAGAAGGCCCCCCAGCCAUAGCAAACUGAUGGUGUUUGCUCUCUGGCUUCUGGAUGCUUUGACAGGCAUGGACUGGAUCAUCUGACUCCAGCUAGAUUUCCUUACCUGGACAUGGCAAUGACACAGAAUUAGUGAAAGAAUCAACAAAGAGGAUGAUAUGCUUUUGUGAUGAAGCAAAAGCAGAAAGUAAGACGUGAAGCCAUGAUACAAAUUGAUGAACAAAAAAUGCCUAAGGCUUCUCAUGUCUUUAUUCUGAAGAGCUUUAAUAUAUACUGUUGUAGUUUAAUAGACAUUGUAAGUAGAAGACAUUAAUGUCGCAUGUUUAUGCCUGAGGAACUUUUCCAGAUUUGUGUGUCUGCAUGCGUGUUUGUACAUAGAUGUCAUAGAUGCAGAAAUGGUUCUGCUGGUACGAUUUGAUUCCUGUUGGAAUGUUUAAAUUACACUAAGUGUACUACUUUAUAUAAUCAAUGAAAUUGCUAGACAUGUUUUAGCAGGACUUUUCUAGGAAAGACUUAUGUAUAAUUGCUUUUUAAAAUGCAAUGCUUUACUUUAAACCAAGGGGAACUUUGCAGAGGUGAAAGCCUUUGCUGGGUUUUCUGUUCAAUAAAGUUUUACUAUGAACAACCCAGGCAGAAACUCCUGUCAUCUUAGCAGUUGACUCUGUGUCUGUCGUCACUGGUCAACCAUCGGUUGAGUUGCUAAUUUUUGAGUAACCUGAAUGUUUUGCUUCAUUUUUAUAAUAGGACUGUUUGUACUGAUGCAGAAUAAUAAGGUAAGGCCAUGAAACUUUUUAUUUACUAAGUUUAUACUUGUGUUUGCCCCCAUUUCCUGAUUUAAACAGUACUGGCUUGUGUUGUACGCCAUCAAAUUCCCCCCGAUUCAAAGUUAGUGGCAUUAAGUACCUUCCAGGUUGGCAAUUCUGCAGUAGUCUCACCUGCUCAAAUGUCAUGCUUUUUGUAAGCUUUUGGGCUUUAAUCCUUCCUUCAAGUAUUAUUUUUGAGACUAAUCUUAAAAGCAAAGUUCUGUGUAUUUUUCACAUGUGUGACGCUGUAGGUAGAAAGCUGAAGUCCUGGGAACGUUGUCAGCAAAGUAAAUCAGCUUCUUUUGUCAUGGUUGUGAUCAUUUAAGUGAAUCAUGAAACAUCACUGACAUCAAAUAAACAUUCACUGAACAAUUCAUAGCCA